AUGGAGACCUUUGACUGGGACGCCUUGGACGGACAGGAACGCACGCAGGCCGAGGACGACGAGCUCGCGCAGGGGGAGGCCCAGCUGCGUGCUUUGCUGCUUCGCGCCCGGCCCAAGUGGAGCUCGCGUGAGUUAGAGGCCGCCCUGCGAAAGUUGCAGAUGGUCUCAGUGGCUUCGGUCGCGCAACUGGCCGAAGUCCUACUGCUCCCAAAGGUCGCGGUGUCGGUGUCCCCAAAGCUGGAGCUGGACGAGUUGGAAGAGGAAGUGCUGAAUGUGAAGCUACAAGAGGUCGGUUGCAAAGCGUUCAGCCGAGAGGCUUUGGCUUCGCUGCGGCAAGAGCUGGACACCAGGGACGUGGGUGCAAUGGACGCCCUCGAGGUGACCGACACGGAGGUGACCGAGACGGAGAUGGGAGAUGCAGGCGGUGACCUCUUCGAGCAGGAGGCCAUCGACUUUGUGGUGGUUUUCGAACGUGUGGCCCUGCGAGCCAGCAUGGCCUUGGACGGUGAGGUUGUGGGCGUGUUGACCCGCGGGCGAGUCUUGCGUGGUGUGCCGCAGCAGGAUGCGGGGCGGCCCUGGGUGAAGGUGAAACUUCAAGAGGUGAACGGAGGGCCAGUAGCCGUGCGAGAGUGGCAAGUGGUCGCUCCUGGCGCCGGCUUGGAGUUGGCGGACACAAAGCCCAAGCGAGUGAAGGAGCUGUCCUUAGGCAGUGUGCUGCAUGGACACAUGGAGCAGCACUGGUUGAAGACGCGGCAAGGGAAGGCCAAGCGUCAUGACUCUUCAGGCCGGGAGUUCUUUCGAUGUCUACCGGAGCGGUUCGGAUGGAUUUUGGUGAAUGGAGAACACCUGGGGCUGGGCGCUUUGUUGCAACCGCUCAGCGUCGACGACGGCUUCCUUCGGCGUCUGCCAGAUCGCGGCCUGGGGCUUUUUGCCACCCAGGAGUAUGAAGAAGGCGACUGCGUCUUGGAGGAGCGACCCUUCUUCCGGCGCCACGGCGUGGCGCAGCUCAAGGGGCACCAGAAGUUCUUCACCAAAAGCUUUCGUGCCAAGUUCGAACAGAUCAAGGCUCCCUUCACGAUGCCUGGAGAUGAGGCUCAAAGUCACGUCUAUGCCUCUCCGGCCAUGCUACGCUCGGCCGUGAGCUUUUGUUCGGCAUCGCUCAUGACGCAGCAGAUGAUCUUGGAGCUGCAUCAUCCUCCACUGAGCUCGAGCCAUCCGCUGGUGUCGGUGGCCCUGGCCGUGGCCAAGCUGUGCCGUAGCGCGGUGCCCUGCUGCCACGAGAUCUCUGAAGAGGUCCUACAGUUGACCCCUGGUGGUCCAGGAUUUCUCCCAGGUGCAGGUGAUCAACGCGAGCUUUGA